AUGAUUAUCACACAUAAGAUACACUGUGCUGAAAGGGAUUCUUCCAGAGACUUCAGCACCAUGAUGGAGAAGAUGAACACCACCGGCCCACCGGCCUCACCGCCCGACCUGCCUCGCCGCCCCUCCUCUUCCUCCUCCUCCGCCGCCUCCUCUCCAUCCUGUGUCUCCGUAGAGCAGCACAGUCCCCUCCAGCAGACUUUAGCCCCCUCGAGGAGGAGGAGGAGGAGGAGGAGGAGGAGGAGGAGGAGGAGGAGGAGGGAGGAGGAGGAGGAGAAGCGACGAAGGCCAAAGAGCACCACAGCCCCUGCCAUUUCGACCAACAGGUCUCCAACUCUGUCCUCCCCACCUCCACUUCUCCCGGCACCUUUCAAGACCUCCUCGGGCCCUCUACCACCUCCAACCUCCACCGUGUCCUCCAUUUCCUCCUCCUCAUCCUCACCUCUUCCUCCACACAUUCCAGUCAUCAGCCUUGGUCACAGCAAACCCCCUCUCCCUCUCCCAAAUACCCCUUUGACGGCCCUCCACCCGAUUCCCAACCUCCUACAUAGGCCACAUGGGGACCUUCGCCGCAGUCAGCUGACCUGUUCUUCUGGGGGCCCUUCAGCCCCCUCCCCAGGGCCCUUGCUGCCUCAGCAGUACCUCUCUGCACACCCCUUCUUCGCCAGCUCUUACCUGGGUCCCUCAGGAGGAAAUUAUGGGAUCAUCAAUAACAGCCGGAUCAAGCGAAGACCCUCGUCACACUAUGAGGUGGAGAUCAAUGACUGCCCGCCCCAGAAGAUGGCUCGCCGUGUCUUCACCAACAGCCGCGAGCGCUGGCGACAGCAGAACGUGAACGGGGCGUUCUCUGAGCUGAGGAAACUCAUUCCCACACAUCCGCCUGACAAGAAGCUCAGCAAGAAUGAAAUCCUGCGUCUGGCUGUGAAGUACAUCAACUUCUUGGUCACUCUGCUCAACGACCAGGCGCAGGACAAGAGCAGAGACUCAACUGAUGAUGAGGACGAGAGCACCGUGGCAGACCAUAAUAAACAGAACAUAAUUUUUCAGUGCAACACCCCUCCUCCGUCCAACGAUGCCCCGCCGCCGUCGGCCCGCCUCGGGACCGUCCACAGAGACAGAGACUCAACAGACUCAGUCAUCGCCAUGGUUAACUCCCCAGCAACAUCCAGUUGCUAUGGCGACACGGACAGUGAGGAAAGCUUUGGGGCUAAGACUUCUUUGGUGACCCAUGGCAUUCUGGGAAAGGUCAAGGGUCAGAUAAGGAUGGUGGCAGCCACAAACGAUGAGCGGUGACGCCAAAAUACAGCCAACAAAGAGGUGUGAAUGUUAGACUGAUGGACACAAUCAUCGUCGGACACAAAAAGGGUUUGAGGAGCAAGCGUGACUCUCUUUAAUCAGUGAAAUAAGUGGGAGAUGGAUAUUUUAAGACAUUUUUGUUGUUUCAACUGCCUUUAUGUCUUUUCCAGGGUUGUGCAAACAUUGUGUGUGUGUUUUGGGAAAAUACUGCUGUGGGGCUGGUUGAGGGGCAUGAAACAUCAAUGAGUAUUUAAACAGACUUUAAAAGGUUUCAUAUCCAAAUAAGGUCCCAAUUUGUCAAACAAUGAGGCUCCAUACCAUAUAUGAAUUAUGCAAAACACUGUGAUGGAAAUAUAUAUUGUCUGAUUUUAAUUCCUACAUGGUAACAAAAAUAAUAAUCUUUUCUCAGAUAAAGAAUUUAGGUUGAAAACCAGAUCUUUUGUUUUCUUAGUCUAAAUGCUGCCUUGGUAACAUUUAUAUAAUUAGCAUUGCCCCAGUAGAUUUAAAGUGACUUAAGAGUGCCACAUACUCUUAUGUGCCUGCAGAGAUGUACAUGCGAACAAUGCAAUAAUGAACCAAAUUUGUCGUUUGGAUGUUCCUGCUUUUCUUAUUGUCGGAGAUGGUUCCACCCCAACAUUGUGAAACACUUGUACCAGACAGAAAUAAAGUGUGUUUUAGAUAGCUGUUCCUUAUUUGACAUCCUCUUAUUGCAUUACAAAGACUGCUCUGUGUCAGCAAGAUUUCUCAACAUUACAAAUGUUUUUCCCAUGUUUGUCAAAAGGUUUUGGGAACAUUUGCGUAUCCUCAAAGAGUUCAGCACAAUUAAAUCUCAGUUGCUAUUGGGUUGGGUUCUGAAAUAAACAAGUGUAAACGUGAA